UCGCCGUGCGAGUAGCGUGUAGGUGUUGUGGUUCCUACUUUCCUCGGCAAUAUGGUUUUUCACUCUGAAUAUGGUAUUUUCAAAGGAACGCAAGUGUGGAAAAUUUGUAAAAUGUAAGACGCGGACAACUGUAUUUACUUCAUGGCAUUCAUGGACCUUGUGAACUUAUGAACAUGCCACAACGCUGAAGAUAAAAAGUUCAGAUGUGUUUCAGUGUGUGAUGAAAUGAAGUCCUUCCAAGCAAUGCAGCUUUUUGCCUCCUGGUGUGUUAUUGCCUGUCUUGUUCGACAAGGGGCACCGUCACCAUCGCCUAACCUGCCGCCCUCGCUGCCACAGCCUCCGUCGUUAUCGUUUCGUGUCACAUCGCCCUCCGCCGACCUGUCCACUCCUCCCCGCUCCCCCUCCCAGCCCCCCACCCAGGCCGUCCCCCAGCGCCGGAGAGCCCACGUAGCGCCUCUGCGAAAAAAAUCGUCGCGAUUUCCUCAAUAAAAGAAAAGCAACUCCAGCGCCCCUUUCUCGCUGCCUCGGAUACCGCAAGACACAAAUCGAUCAGUGCCAGCAAUAAAGCUCAACGCAGACCUACAAGUGACUCCAAGAAAGUCCCCGAGACUGCCUCAAACGCCGAAAUUUUUGGCGCAGUGAACAGGACGGGCGUUACGAUCUGGCUGGACGAUCAGCUGAUAUACGCGAGCAGCGAAAACAUGUUUAAAGGGAAUAAAACACAGUAUCACGCCGGGAUACACGUGGUGGUCCUGCACCCACACCGCUUCACCGUCCUGCAGAAGGAGCAGUUCUUCACCUGGCAGCCCGCCGCUCACAGGAUGCUGACCAAGAUGAUCAAGCACACGCAGUACGGAAGAAUCGUGAUUCUUGUGGGGGUGCCCGACUUCACGCCGUGGUUCCGAGGGGACGCAACGGAGACGGUCGUGAGUCUGGGGGCGCAGUUCGGCUUCCUGGCGACGCGGGGCGAAACGUGGGUCAUGGUGACGAUCAAGGGCCAGCCGCCCCUCAUGGAGACCCUCAUCACCUGCAAGAACUUCACCCUGCCUCGCGCUUCUCCCCUGACGUUCUCUGCGACGGUCCCGAGGUCUCCAGAACGAGCGUGUCCCUGGCACAGCGAACCCGACAUGUCGUUGCGCGCUGAGUUUUGCGAGCAGUACGAGGGCUACGCUGACUUCUGCAGAUGCGAAGAUCCGAUUCGCUUGGACCCGAAAAUGGCUGUAAGUGGGGUCACGGCAAUUUGUGUCUUCUUUGUCUUUAUUACAAAGGCGGGAAGAACUAUAUAA